UCCAUGAGUUUUUGCGGUAACAACAACAAGUGGUUGCAAUAUCAUAGUCUUCAAGUCCCCAUAUAGUUACAAUCUUUUGUGUAUAUAGUAGCAUCUAAACAGCUCACUCGAAAUGAUCGAUGACAAUUCAAUUUUGGAAAAGUUUGUAUUAGAGAACGAUUGUAACUUUGCUAUUGACAAUGUUGAUUUUAAAACGAAGGAGGACAUAUUGGAAGAAUGCCGUAAACAGUUUAAGAACUAUACAGUUUCUGGACUACAUACUUGUCUUUGCUGUUUGCGAAUAUUGACACGCGACAAUAUCCUGCGGAAAGAAUUGACAUCCGAGUUUUUCUUGUCCCAAAUCUUCAAAUAUGCCUUUGAAUAUAAUUGCAACCAUGAGUAUUCUAAAACUAGUCUAGAAGCUCUAAAAUCUCUUUCCAAUAUUUUGUUUAAAGAGUCAUGUGUCAUAGAACCACUUAAGGCCAUGGGUCUCAUUAAGAGUGUUAUGGAAAGUGUGGAUAUCCUCAUCGAAACUGAGAAUAAUGAGAGGCUCCUGCUAUGUCUUAAGCUUCUUUUUCUUGUUACCGCUCUGAAUUCGGCUUCAAGACAAGAAUUAAUCAAAUCCAACGCUCUGCAGAUGCUCAUGAAAAUCGUGAAGAUGAAAAGUUCGAAGAUAACCGAUUUGAAUGUUUCAGCAGAAGCACUUAAGGUUGUAUAUAAUAUACUCUACUCAAUUAGAGACGAAGAUGUUACUAAAGAGUUAGGUGACGACAUCCAAAAUCUCGUAGUAAUGUUGAGAUGCAUUUUACAAGAUCCAAUGUUGAAUGAAUUCAUUAGUUAUGCUUUGGUCAGCCAGGUGGUUAACGUAUUAAACAUCAUUCCGAAACAUUUAUACAAACACCUUUUGGAUGGAAAUUUUAGUGAUCAUGCCACUGAUAAUUUAAUCAAAGAUUCGGCUCCAGAAAACAAAACAAAUGGGAUAUCUUCAAUUGAAAUUUUGAUAGACUUUCUUCACUCACAGCUUAAGUUGGAUGCUGGUAAAGAAUCCGAAACUGCUAGUGAUAUACGAACUGAUGAAAGAAUUUGUCCUAUUUUGAACUGUCUUACAAGAGCAAGUAAAUCAAAUCGUCGGAUCAGAAAAUUUUGUCGCUUAAAGGUACUACCUUACCUGGGUAAAGAUGUUAAACGCCUACCAGAAGAUGGCGAUAGUAUAAGAAAUUACCUUUGUAAACUGCUAACACAUCCAGUUCAAAUUGUCGGUGAAUCAGCAGCCUUAUUUAUCUUUGUACUGUGCAAGGAAAACAGGUUCCCAUAGAGAUCCAUUCCUUGUGAUGAUGCUUGUUGUGGCCCAGAACCUGCUGACAUGUUAAGGUUAGUGCUUCUUUGAUCUCCUCCCAGUUUUCCUCCAUAGUAAUUUCCUCUUCUUUCAGUAGAUCCUGUUAGGAUUGAAACCUGUUGUUGAGUCAUCAUGAAUUCGUUGAGUUUGUUUGUAUCUGAAAGGAAGACCGUACUGAACCUUUGUAAUGCUGUAAGCAGGCUUAUCUGACUUCGGUCGUCACUUGGAAUGCAUCUGUCAUCUAUCCUCCAUGCACCACUUUGUACUGUAGUCUUUCGUAUGAAUAAAAAAAUAAUUGUAACCAGGGAAAGUAAAGCAGAUCAGCGGAGGAAAUCCUAAUCAUGUUUUUACUAUCUGUAAAAGACUGAACAAGAUUAAUCUUACUUUAGAAAUAGAAGUACACUCUGAACUAUUGAGAAAAAAGGGAUAUUUCCACUGCAACUGUUUAUCCCAUCUGUUAUAUUGUCUUUCUUCGGUGCUGUGCUUGAAACGGAUUUUUCCUCAUUUUAUCGAUCAAUAUAUUUAAUUAGUUUAUACCAAGAAUUUCUGGGAUUAAUUAUGAAUACUGCUUAACUUAUUUAGUUGGACGAGCAGUGAAAUACACGGGCUUUGGGAAUUUCGCUGGAUUUUUAGCACGUCAUGCUUUACUUGGGAAACCAUCAAAGGUUAAUAGAGAAUUUAAUUGUAACGUCGAGUCAGAUGAAUAUUCGGCUACGUCGACGGAAUCAGAAACGGAAGAAUAUAAAAGGUUGAAGGAAGAUGUAAACCCUGUAACAGGUCGAUGGGAAAUCCCACAACCGAAUCCGAUGGAAAACAUGUCUGAAGAACAAAAGGAAUAUCUUGCUAUGGACUUAGUACAGAAAAUCGACAAACUUGAGAGAUCUGGAUUGAUUCAACCAGGAACCAUCGGUGAAGAUGGCCGAGUGAGGCCUGUACAACAUAUACUUGAACUCAUUCAGACAAAAGAAGAGGACCAAAAGUCAAACGAAUCUGUAAACUAGGAAAACAUACUUUGAAUAGCUUUUGUGUGUUUGUAAUAACGUUAGUGUAUCAAAAAUCGAAUUCUAUUUUUGACAUCCACCAACCAAACAAGUGAAUAAUAUAAGCCGUUGUCCAUUUGAUUAAUUUUUGAAAUGCGUUGAUAACAAUCGUUGAAUGCAAAAAAUCAAAAUGUUAAUUUUAC